UCCUCCUUUCCAUCACGCGUCCGCUACUCCGUCAAUAAAGUCUCGUUACUCUCCGCCACAGAUGCCCGGAUCUUCACAGCGAUGUUUUCUCCUAAACCACGACCACGGGUGGCUCGCCUGCACCUGAGGAGGCCGCGGGUGAAGCAGCAGCGACGUUAUGCCAGCGGCGGCGCCGUCGAGCAGCCACCACCUGCCAGCGGUCAACUGCCUUCUGUGGCGACAUCAUCGCUGUUACGCACGACGAGGGACGCUGCAUUGAGGUCCAGAGGCCUCAUUUGGCGCGAUGAACUCGAGCAGGACGCGGUCGGCGGGCGCGAGACGCGUAAGAUGAACGUCUACCAGGCUGUCCGAGACGCGAUGAGUGUCGCGCUGACCAAGGAUGACACCGCUGUAGUCUUUGGCGAGGACGUCGCGUUCGGUGGCGUCUUUCGCUGCACCAUGGGGCUCGCCGAGGAGUUCGGCCGCGAACGCGUCUUCAACACCCCCCUCACCGAACAGGGCAUAGCGGGCUUCGGGAUCGGCAUGGCCGCCAUGGGCCACACCGCCAUCGCCGAGAUCCAGUUCGCCGACUACAUCUUCCCCGCCUUCGACCAGAUCGUCAACGAGGCCGCCAAGCUGCGCUACCGCUCGGGCGGCCAGUACGACUGUGGGCGCCUCACCAUCCGCACGCCCUCCAUGUCCGUCGGCCACGGCGGCCUCUAUCACUCGCAGUCCCCAGAGGGCUUCUUCAUGGGCGCAGCAGGUCUCAAGAUCGUCAUACCCCGGUCGCCCAUUCAAGCCAAGGGACUGCUGCUCGGAUCUGUUCGCGACCCCAACCCCGUUGUAUUUAUGGAACCCAAGAUCCUCUACCGCUCAGCCGUGGAGCACGUCCCCAUCGACGACUACGAGCUCCCUCUCGGCGUCGCCGAAGUCUUGCACCAGGGCACUGACCUCACGCUGCUCAGCUGGGGGACGCCACUGUACCACUGCGAGACCGCGCUGCACAUGCUCCAGCACCCACCACCCGAACUCGCGCCUCACGUCCCGCAACGCCUUCGUGGCGCCAAGAUCGAGCUCAUUGACUUGCGGACGAUCUUGCCCUGGGACGUUCAGACUGUCGUUGACAGCGUGAACAAGACCGGGCGGCUAGUCAUCGUGCAUGAGGCCGGCGCCACUGGAGGUGUCAGCUCUGACAUCGGUGCCGAGGUACAGAAACGGUGUUUCCUCAAGCUCGAGGCACCCGUCAGGAGGGUGACAGGAUGGGAUACACCUGUACCUCUGCAGUACGAGAAGUUCCACAUCCCGGACGCACUUCGCAUCCUGGACACAAUCGUUGACACGCUGUCUUACUAGACCCUGCAUCUCUCUGUUUAUUCGCCGCAUUGGCACGCAACAUCUGUAUGUACAACAACCGCAUUGCAAUGGAACGAUAAGCAUUUCGAAGGA